AUGACAGAGCAUGAAACCCUGACGCUGCUGGAAGUGAAGGGUCCCGAGGCCCCGGAGAAGAGCCCACCCCAGGCCUUGGUCCCCAAUGGCCGGCAGCCGGAGGGGGAAGGCGGGGCCCCGUCCCCUGGUGCCGAGUCCUCUCGCGCGGAGACUUCAGCUGGGUCUUCCCCCGCGGAAGAGGGGACCCGAGAUGGUCUCGACAGCACCGUGAGCGAGGCUGCCACCUUGCCCUGGGGCACUGGCCCGCCGCCCAGCGCCCUGUUCCCCGACCCCCCUGGUUGGCGGGACAUUGAGCCCGAGCCCCUUGAGUUGGAGCCGCUCAGCAAACUGGAGGAGCUGCCCGAGGAUGAUGCCAACCUGCUGCCCGAGAGGGCGGCGCGGGCCUUCGUGCCCAUCGACCUGCAGUGCAUCGAGCGGCGGCCGCAGGAGGAGCUGGCCGUGCGCUGCGAGGCGGGCGAGGGCGAGCGGCGCCGGGCCUUCCUGGCCGCCCGCGCCGUCCAGCCCGAGCCCUGCGAGCGCAAGUGGGCCGAGGCCGUGGCCCGGCCGCCCGGCCGCCCGUGCGGGGGCUGCAGGGGCCACGAGGGCCUGAAGGCCGUGGCCUCGGUGGGGGCCGCCCUCCUCCUCUUCCCCUGCCUGCUGUACGGGGCCUACACCUUCCUGCCCUUCGAUGCCCCCCGGCUGCCCACCAUGAGCUCCCGCCUGGUCUACACGCUGCGCUGCGGGGUCUUCGCCACCUUCCCCAUCGUGCUGGGGCUCCUGGUGUACGGGCUGAGCCUGCUGUGCUUCUCCUCCCUGCGCCCCUUCGAGGAGCCGCGGCGGGAGGUGGAGAUCCACCGGCAGUAUGUGGCCCAGUCGGUCCAGCUCUUCAUCCUCUACUUCUUCAACCUGGCCGUGCUGUCCACCUACCUGUCCCAGGACACCCUCAAGCUGCUGCCCCUGCUCACCGGCCUCUUCGCGGUGUCCCGGUUGAUAUACUGGCUGACCUUUGCCAUCGGCCGCUCCUUCCGCGGCUUUGGCUACGGCCUGACGUUCCUGCCCCUGCUGUCCAUGCUGGUGUGGAACCUCUACUACAUGUUUGUGGUGGAGCCGGAGCGCAUGUUCACUGCCACCGAGAGCCGCCUGGACUACCCCGACUACGCCCGCUCGGACCACAGGCCCCGGCCCUGGGGCUGA